AUGUCAUACGCAAGUACAUUGAUUCGUGAAGCGGUUGAGAUUUAUAGAGGUGAGUCCGAUGCUCCCACUCUAUUGAUCUCUAAUCCCGAUUUACGACUUGAGCAAAUCCUGAAACAAUUGACUGUAACAGUUAAUGAUUUGAAGGAUAUAUCUCACAACUUUUACUCGGAGCUUAUGCACGGUUUGAAUGCUCAUAGACGGCACAGGAAUUUAUGGCUCCCAAAUGAGUGUUCUUUUAAGAUGCUUGAUUCAUUUAUUCCUAAUGUUCCAACGGGAAAUGAGAAGGGGUCUUAUUAUGCUCUUGAUUUUGGUGGAUCGAAUUUUAGGGCCGUUCGUAUAUCAAUCGAUGGAAGUGGAAAGAUGCAUCGUAACCAGUCUACUUUUAGUUUGCGCUAUUCAAGUGCUCUUGGCCCAAAAGGUUUACUUGAUCAGAAAGCUACUGCAACUGAACUUUUUGAUCAUUUUGCUACGAAGAUCGGUCAAGUUAUUAGGGAGUCGGGAGACGAUCCAGAACCAAGUGUACCUUACAAUGUUGGUUUUACAUUUUCAUUCCCAUGUACUAUGCUUUCACACUCCAAUGCCAUCUUAUUGGAUUGGACUAAGGAUUUUGAAACUGGUAGAGCUACGAAUGAUCAAGUUGAAGGGAAAGAUGUAGGAAUAUUAAUGGAUGAAGCAUUUGUACGUAAUAAAAUAAAUGCUAAGGUAUCCAUAAUUUUAAAUGAUACCGUCGGUACUCUUUUGUGUUGCGCUUACCAGAAACCAAAAGAUUAUCCCCCCUGUAAAAUAGGCGUUAUUCUUGGAACCGGAUUCAACAUCUGUUACGAGGAAGAUGAAUAUGAUCGGUUCGGUUACGUCGGAAGGGUCAUCAACAUCGAAUGUGGUAAUUUUGACAAGGAAUUGCCAUUUACUCCCGUUGACUACGAAAUCGACUAUUAUACAUCAAACAGAGGCCGUGGUAAACUCGAGAAACUUGUUUCUGGAGCAUAUCUCGGUGAAAUCAUAAGGAGGUAUAUGAUCCUCUAUCUAAGGGAGAAGGCUCCCCCGAAGCUAUGGGAAGUUGGUACCUUCAGUUCUGAGGAUGCCAGUUUAAUAUUAAACGAUGAAACUGACGACUUAAUUGUGACGAAAGAAGUAGCUCUUAAAUCAUGGGAAGUCGAAUUUCCCAUCGAGUCCUUGAUAGGACUUAGGAAAAUAUCAGAGGCAGUAUUCACAAGAUCUGCUGGAUUUGCAGCAGCUUCUAUUUGUGCUACCGCUAGAAAAGCUAAGGCAUACGUAACAUCCAAAGCUAGUGUAGCAGUAGACGGUUCUCUGUACAUUAAAAAUGAAUGGUACAGAAACAAAUUACAGUACUAUAUUGACACUGUGACAAGGCCUGAUCUUAAGGGUAAUGUAGUUUUAUUGCCUUCAGACGAUGGUUCAGGGAAAGGCGCCGCCAUCGCUGCAGCAAUGUUCAAUCAAAUGUAA